AAAAAUCAUAGCUUGGUAUUGUUCUCUAGAAAUUGGUGCAUGACCCAUUUGGCAUCAGAGUGGAUUUCCAUGCCAAUGUUGUAAUGGAUGUCAGCAGACUGCAUGUCAGGCCCACUGAUCACAUAUCCUGAAGCACUCCCAGAGUAGUAUGGUGUGUUUUUCCACAUCAGAUAUCAGGUCCCUGGUGGUGUUUGUAAUAUAAUGAGUGUGAAUUCCCAGUGUCAGCAUGUGGUUCUCUGCAGAGGAAAACUCUCCAGUAUAUUGUUGAGGUGCCUAUUUGCCAGUAGGGGUGAUCAUCAGUUCGGAGUGUAGAAACACCGUCCUUCCCCCACCUCCUUUUUUUUUUUUUUUUUUACUUGUGGCAGAAGUGCGGAUGUGAGUUGCACAUUGAUACGGAACAGGCCGCCACUUUUGUCGUUGUUCUGUCCAUAUAUUUUUGUGUUUAGCCAUGCGUGCACACGGGCGAUGAUCAUUUUGUGGAGCCAUGAAUCCAGAGGAGCAGACGGUAACGUGGUUGAUCUCGCUGGGAGUGCUCAGCUCGCCCAAAAAGAACAUAGCGGACCCGGAGGAGUUUCUGAAAAGCUCGCUGAGGGAUGGGGUCGUCCUGUGCAAGCUCACCGAGCGGCUCGUACCUGGCUUCACCCCCAAGUAUUGCCAGGAUCCGAGAACUGAAGCCGACUGCCUCUCCAACAUCAGGGAGUUUCUCAGAGGAUGCUCGUCCUUGAAAGUGGAGGGGUUUGAACCAGAGUGGUUAUACACCGGCGAGAACUUUGGCAAAGUCCUGACCACUUUGCUGGCAGUCAACUUUGCCACACAAGACUGUGCUGCAGAGAGGUCAUGUCCACAGUCCGGUGCCCAUUCUCCUAGUCAGUCGACGUCUUCACACACAUUCUCCUCUGCCAAAUCCAAAGGCUCCCUGCGCAGACAAUCCAAAUCAGUGGAGAUGUCGGAGAACGGCGGAGGGGGGCAGCAGAUGGUGAGGGCCCGCUACAACUUCAAACAGAACAACGAGGAUGAGCUGUCAUUCAAUAAAGGUGAAAUGAUCCUGGUGACACGGCAGGAGGAGGGAGGAUGGUGGGAAGGCACACUCAAUGGCAGGACGGGCUGGUUCCCCAGUAACUAUGUCCGGGAGAUCAAACCCUGCGAGAAGCCGGUGUCUCCUAAAGGAACUCAGCUGACCAAGAACUACUACAGUGUGGUGGUACAAGACAUCCUGGAACAUGAGCGAGAGUUUGUGAAAGAAUUACAAACUGUGCUGAGUUGUUACCUCCGACCUUUGCAAGCCAGCGACAAGCUGAGCAGUGCAGACAGCGCCACCUUGUGUGGAAACCUGGAGGAGAUCCUGAACUUCCAGCAGGGACUAUGUAUUUCUUUGGAGGACUGUACCAAAGUCCCAGAGGGACAGCAGCGAGUGGCGGCCUGCUAUUUAAACCUGAUGAGUCACAUCAAGACUCUGUACCUGGCUUACUGCUCCAGCCACCCGUCAGCUGUCUGCAUCCUGACUGACCACAGUGAAGAACUAGACAAGUUCAUGGAGAGCCAGGGAGCCACUGCUCCGGGGAUCCUGACCCUGACCUCCAGCCUCAGUAAGGCCUUCAUGAGGCUCGACAAAUACCCGACCCUGCUGCAGGAGCUGGAGAGACACGUGGAGGAAGCCCACCCAGACUACACCGACAUCGUGAAGGCGACGGCAGUAUUCAGGAGCCUUGUGACGCAGUGCCAGGAGCUUCGGAAGCGCAAGAACCUGGAGCUCCAGAUCUUGUCAGAGCCUGUGCGGGGCUGGGAGGGAGACGCCAUGAAGAGCCUGGGCCACGUAGCCUACAUGUCCCAGGUUCAUGUGAAAAAUGGGUCCAGUGAGGAGAAAGAGGAGCGCUAUUUAAUGCUUUUUCCUAAUAUGUUGGUCAUGCUCUCCGCCAGUCCCCGAAUGAGUGGAUUUAUUUAUCAGGGAAGACUGCCGCUGACGGGCACCACUGUGACGAGACAUGCCGAGGAUGCGGACAAUGCUCACUUUGCCUUUGACAUCACAGGAAGCAUGAUUGAUCGAAUUACCGUGCUCUGCAGUAGUCCCCAGGAGUUGCAGGAUUGGCUGGAGCACCUUCAGCCCUUUACCAAAGGAGGCAGCCCUGUGGGCACCAUUGCAAAGACUGUGGAAGGAAAGCCACUGAGCAUUGUCGGUACCCCAACUCACCUGUCCCACCUGGGCAGCCUCAGCGCCAUCAGUCGUGGCCCCCUGGAACCACCAAAGAUCAGCAAACCGUGGUCGCUUAGCUGCCUUCGCCCCGCGCCUCCCCUCAAACCCUCUGCUGCACUGGGCUACAAAGAGAGGAUGUCUUAUAUCAUGAAGGACUCCAGCAAGAGCCCGCGGCCCAUGAAGAAGUUCCUGCCAGGCAACAGGAAGAAAGAGCGGAAGCACUCAGACGACGAGGUUCAAAUAAGGAAAAGCACGGCUGCUCUGGAGGAGGAUGCUCAGAUCCUGAGGGUGAUUGAGGCAUAUUGCACAGGAGCCAGCCUGCACCAGACCACCACAGCGGUGCGGAAAGAGUGCAUCCCUCAGGUGCUCCUACCAGAGGAGGAGAAGAUCAUUGUGGAGGAGAUGAAGAGCAAUGGGCAGACGGUCAUUGAGGAAAAGAGCCUGGUUGAUGCUGUGUAUGCUUUAAAGGAUGAGGUUCAUGAACUGAAAAAGGAGAAUAAGUGGAUGAAGCAGUUUCUGGAGGAGGAGCAGAAAUCUCGCAAAGAGCUGGAGCGAGUGGUCCGAAAACUGGCUAAAACUGGCCAGAAGAAUGAUUGUUCUUGGGAUGACGGUGGCCACUGAACGCAUCCCUGUGAUCAUCCUCAUUCUAGUGUGCCUGCGUGUGUGUGUGUGUGGGUACCUUUUACUGUGUGUAAGCAUGCUUGCAGAGGGACAGGAAGGUGUGCCUGUAUAUUUGUGAAUCUGUCUAUGUUGCGUCUCCGUAUUUCAAUCACACCACAGCAGAGUUGGACUCCCUCUCUGACAAUGGCACUUGGAGACUCUUGGCUUCAAGUGCUGGAGCUUAAUUUGACGUCAUUGUGAAAUCCAUCUUCCUCAUCCAGACCCACUGGAUGAGAGAUACAAGUACGCUUCCUCCUGAAGCACAUCAGCUAAACAAAGACUGGUAAAAUGGGAUGUUACAAACAUACCUCCUCUCGGCUACUGGCACUGUGAACCUGCCCCAGCGAAUAGAGCAAUUUUGGAUGAGGACAAAACAAGUUCUCUGCUGCUUCUCUUGCUUCAGUUAGCAAUAGAGUUCUAAGCCAUCAAGUCCAAUAGGUUUUCUCUUGCAUGCACUUCGGUUACCAAGGGGACUUCUUCUUCUUCUUUUUGCAUAAUGAUGUUCUUUGUCCUAUUUUAUUUGCCACAAGGACCGACUGUGGGGAAAUCUAUUGACCUUUCAUCAGUGUGUGUACUUGGCAUUUUUUAGACAUUCACAUUACACAUUUCCUGGCUGUUUUUGUGGCGUUUAAAACAAAUCAACCAGGUUCAGCUCAUUGUCUUAAAUUCAGUUGUUUCCAAAUGCAGCCCAUGACUGUAAAUUUAAAAACUGCAUGAAUGUACAGUGUUUCUGCAGAACAAGUUCUGCAUCAGAAAUGUGACAAGAUAUUCAGAUAUUUAGUCCAAAGCUAUCAGGGAUGCAGCCGCAGUAAAACAGUAAAGGCGUAACUAUGUAUUAUUUCAUAUAGAAGAAUACACAAAUAUUGACAUAGAUGUCUCCCCUACUCUUCUUACUAAAGUAUAUUCAAUCAUCAUUGUAGUCAUUGACAUAGCCUGGCUUUAUUUUGGAUUUUUAAAAAGUAUUCUUUAUUUAUUGCUCACCCAAGCAUUUCAUUGUGGUGUUAGCCUUGUAGAUAUAGUUUUGCUGCCUUUUACAUCUGUUUGGAUUUUGUUUUAUAUAAACCACACUGAUGGAUAAAGGCAGAGAAUAUGUCCUUGUUUUGGCCAAGGGAAAAGAGGAUGAGGUUUAUUAUCACAAAAGAGGAAACACGUUACUUAAUGAGUCUGGGGUGACAAUUCAAAGGUUUUUUGUUCAGUCUCGUACAGAGCUGACAGAGACAGACUGAGGAAAUAAACAGUGAGAUUCAUUCGAUGGUCUAGAGUAGAGCCGAACUGUCUAAGUGCCUCCCAAAGGGGUCCUUAAACUUAUAACGGAGUUUAAGACCAGACUGGGACUAAAUGCAUGAUUUAUUUUGAAAGUGUCAGAGAUGGAUCAUUGUAAUAUUUUAAGGAGAAUGGCUCAAAGUCAAUGGGCGUAUAUGGGGUCUGAAAUAUGAACGGGGCUGUGAUUUAAGAUGCAGCCUCUCAGUGAGGACCCUCGGCGGUACAUUUCCUCAAGAGGUUGAGCGUGUGCACUGUCAACACUGUUAUCUAUUCUCGCAGCGCUGCAGAGCAGCAGUGGAUGCUAUUGAAAUGCAAUAAGUGACUGCUUUACUGAUUGACCUCUGGGUCAGUCCCAGCAUGGGGGGCCAGAUUUGGAGAAAUUGCAAUAAUGAAUGAAUUAACCCAGUUUAUUAACCAAAAAAAUAGGGCCACAGCAUGUGGCUCAGUCACAGUUAGGUUGUUUAUUACGUUCAAUUUGCCUUUAUUUAAUCAAGUCUCUUGGUUGAUGUUGAUUGUUUAAAGAUCACUGACAAUGUCCCAGUUUUCAUUACAAGUCAUAUAAAAUGUUAUAAUAUUGUUAAACUGUACAAUCCACGAUGGGAAUCGGUUUUUUCGCAUGCACCUCUUUACCACGAGGUCAGAGCACUGUGUAGGAUACAAGGCAGCACUGGUACAUCUCUAGCGGAGUUGCUGUCUUGCUCAAGGGCACGAAAGCAAGGUCAGUUCUUACAUAGCUGCUGGGACUGAUUCAAACCGCUGUUCCUACUCCAACAUGCAGAUCCUCCUCCGUGCUACACAGACCCUGCUGCCUGUGCAGAUGUGUGACUGUCUCAUCAUAUCUUUGCUGUCGAGAUUAACAUUAUUGCUCGUUCUGUAUUUUGAAUGGUUUUCAUUGAGUCUAACAUACUGUAGUUUUCAAUUCCCGAAAGCCUCAUUGAGCACUUACUAGUAGGAAGGGGCUGAACUCCGGUUUUAUCUUGUUUGUUUGAAAUCACAUCUCCAGACCACUGUGUGUAAUGUUUUUGAAAAGAUGUUCUAUGCAAUUAUUGUUGUUGUUGCAAAGUAUUGUUAUUGCUUUUUUUUCUAGACACUCUGUUACUUUAUGUUUGGUAUGGUCAUCCUUUUAUUAAAAAUUUAAUAUAA